AUGGUCUCGCCGGCAUUUCGGGUUGGAGUGGCGGAGAUGAAAGGAUGGCGACCAAGCAUGGAGGAUGCCCACGUUAUUUAUGCCCAAGAUACCUGGGGAUUCUUCGGAGUCUUCGACGGUCAUGGAGGUGACCAGUGUUCUGGUUUCAUAGCCAGACGCAUCAAAGAAGAGCUUGCAAAAAACGGAAUGCCACAAAGCGACGAAGCUGUUACAGAAUUGGUAUUCCGCUUAGACAAGGAGUUUUUGGACUCCAAACAGCCCAGCGGAUCGACAGGAACCUUCGUCAUUGUCCAGAAGCCAAGUGCUCCUGGAGGCAACUAUAAGCUCCGAGUGGGCAACAUUGGCGACAGCCGUGUGCUUCUGGGGCGUGCUGAUGGUUCGAUUUUCCCCGGGAAUGGAACUGAGAGCGCACUCACAACGGACCAUAAGCCAGACCUUGAGCGCGAAAGAGCCCGGAUUGAGCGCGCUGGCGGGAACGUGCAGGAAGUAAUGGGAGUAGCGCGGGUGAAUGGAAGUUUGGCCGUUAGCCGUUCCUUCGGCGAUGCUGAGCUGAAGAACAUGGGAGGUCUAAGCCCGGAGGAUCAGCCGGUAAGCUGCGCCCCCGAACUUCAGGAGUUCGAGUGUGGCCCCACGGAUUUUGUGAUGCUGGUGUGCGAUGGCAUCUCGGAAGGCGGCUUUUCGAACGAGGCCGCUGUGAAAUUGGCAGCAGAGAGGCUGCACAUUGCGGAUGGCCAACCGGUUGAUCCCGCCGAGGCAGCCAUGGCCGUAUGCACGGAGGCCCUGAAGUCCGGAUCAACGGACAACCUCACGUGCAUGAUCGUUAUGGUGCCAGCCUCACCUGUGUCGAGAGUCCAGCAUGCAG